AAUUUUUUGUGUUAUUGAUGACUAAUGUAAAUACAAGAAGAAAAGACAAAUAAUAUUCUUACCUCAAAAUAGAAUAUGAUUACUACACGUACACAAUAAUAUUUUCUUACUUCCUUGAGCGAUCCAACUCAGAGGACGGUGAUUCACUACUUUAAGUAAUUCAUUGAAUAAGAGUGCAUUGAUGAUAGGAACCCCAGAACAUUUAAGAUCAAUCUUAAUAUAUAGGAAUUUUACUACGGUUGAAGAGAGCAGAAAUAUAAAAGAGAGCUGGAAGGAGAGAGCUGGAAUUUUACUAAGGCAGUCUGGCAGUCUCUUAGAAUUGGAUGAACCCUUUUCCAUCCUGCAAGAUGUUUCAACUAAUAUCCUGUGUGGAAGAAUACAAUUUUAUCCAUGGAAUAAGAAAAGCCAGCAGCAUGAAGUGUACUACUCACCAAGUCACCCCCAGAUUAGAGCUGAGAAGAAAACUUUACUCUAAGGCACUGCUAUUUUUUGUUGCAAUGGCAAGUCAUACGUUUAUCUUCUUUAUCACUUUUCUUCCUUUUAUGCAUUUCUCUAUAGCUUUGAAAUAGUAAGGUAGAAUUAUACUGAGUAUGAAGAUGAGUCCAACUAGAAAGAACGGUGUUUUGAGUAAGUAGGACUCAAGGGACAUCACCCCAUGCGAUAUGUCGUGAGAUAUAACUUUUAUUAAGAAUUUAUAGAAUUUGUUUUAGUUCGCACCAACCUCACCAGAACAAUUCUCAGAGACAUUGGAGGUCUUCUUCCACUGAAGUACAUAUACUUUAGUGGAAUAAGAUAUCUGGUGAUAUUUUUAGAGAAAUUUGUCACCUGUCAGAUCUCCAAUAGCCUAAUUUGAGCUCUACCCAAUUAACAAGGCCUAUCCCUUCUGAAAUCGGAUUUCUGAAAAAGCCGACCUUGUUAAUUCUAUAUGACAACCAGUUGACUGAAUCUAUACCAAAUACAUUUGUGAUCCGAAAACUUAAUAUUUUGAGCUAGUGGCAAUGCCUACCUCUAGGGUUCUCUCCACAAAUUGGAUAGUGCAAGAACUUGACCAUUCAAAGUCUUUCAUGUACCCGUCUUUCUUUACCAUCAUCCCUUGAGCAAAAUACCAUCAGAACUUGGUGGAUUCCUUUCUUUAAGAACAUCCAUCUCCACAUGAAUGCUCUCAUUGGAUCAAUUUCGCCUAUCUAGGUAAUCAAAGUAACCUUUAAACACUUGAAUUUCUUUUGUUAUGGGAAAACAAGUUUGUUGGUGACUUUCCUUAUGAGCUCGGAAAUUGUCUCCAACUACAAAGAAUUGAUAUUUCCAACAACUCCUUAAGCGGUGGUAUCCCCAUCAGUAUAGGGAACUUAGACGUUCUAAAAGAGAUAUCUUUAAAUAUGCACUUGCUAUCUGGUCCCAUGCAUUCUUAUCCAUGUAAUUCUACAAGCAUGAGCAUAUAGACCUUUCAGAGAACCAAUUAUCUGUUUCAAUACCAGUUGAAAUUGAAAAAAUGUUUAAUCUAAAGCUCUUGUAUUUUUGGACAAACUAGUUUGAGAGUUACAUUCUAUCAAACAUUUCACCAUGCCACAUUCUAUAAUAUAUUGACCUAUCAUAUAAUGCAUUCACCGGUUCAACCCCCAAAAGCUUUUUCCAACUUCGGGCCCUGAAUGUCAUGACAUUAAUAUUCAAUAACCUUUUUGGAGCCCUACCACUAGAAAUAGGUAAUUGCUCCUCGCUUGUUUGGUUCCGUGCUAGUGAGAAUAAACUGUCAGAAUUCAUAUCGUUGGAAUAAGUAACUUGGUGAUUUUAAGUUUCUUGGACCUAGAGUUGAAUAGACUCACUGAAAUUAUUCCGACUGAAAUACAUUGAUGUAGGAACCUAAUGUUUGUCGACCUCCACUCCAACUCUAGUUCGAGUACGAUUCCUCACCAAUUGGGAGGGAAUGUGAAGGAACUUGAUCUUUCUGAUAAUUUGAUUGAAGGUAUUUUAAGUCCUAAUUUGGGGUCAUUAAGCUCACUCACCAAAUUGAUUAUAGGAUGAAACUGAUUUUCUGGCUCAAUCCCGACACAAUUUUGCAAGUGUUGGAAGCUUGAAUUGAUAGAUUUAAGUAGGAAUCAGUUUUCAGAUUUGAGUUAAAUUCUAGUUCUUGCAAUUUCCUUAUAUUUAAGUUGGAAUAGACUUUCAGGUUUAAUUCAAGGGUAAAAGACUUCAAUAGCAGUAAAAUAAGUGCCAUGAACGUAAAUAGGAGUUAUAGUCUCCAAUUUACAUUCAUGGUACUUGUUUUAUUCCUAUUAAUGUCUUUUUGCCUUUGAAUUAAACCUGAAUGUCUAUUUCAGUCAGAUUUAAGUAAUUGCUAUAACUAGAAUUUUACUCAAACCCGAUGGAAUGUUGCCAGAAAAUUGUUUCCUACUUAAUCAAUCAAUUCAAGAUUCAAACACACGCAAAGUUGUAUCGCGAUUGAGCUAGAAAACUGGUUCCGUCCUAAAAUCAAUUUGGUGAGUGAGCUUAAUAACCCCAUAUUAGGACUUAAAAUACCUUCAAUCAAAUUAUCGGAAAGAUCAAGUUCCUUCUUUUUUUUUUUAGAUCAAGUUCCUUUAAACAAACACUCCCUCCCAAUCGGUCAGGAAUCGUACCCGAAAUAGAGUUGGUGUGAAAGUCGAUAAACAUUAGGUUCCUACACUAAUAUAUUUUAGUCAUAAUAACUCCGAUGAGUCUAUUUAAUCCCAGGUCCAAGAAAUUUAAAUUCUCCAAGUUUCCUAUCUCCAACGGUAUGGAUCCUAACCAUUUAUUCUGACUAGCUCGGAACCAGACACGAGAAGAGCAGUUACCUAUUUCCGGUGGUAUGGCUCCAGAAAGGUUAUUGGAUAUCAUUUCCACUACAUUCAAAUCCCGAAGUUGUACGUUGGAAGAGGCCUUUGGGGAUUGAACCAGUGAAAGCUUUAUAAGAUAAGUCAAUAUCUUGUAGAUCGUGGCAUGAAGAAAUGUUUGACGGAAUGUGCCCCUAAAACUGGUUCCUCCACAAACACUAAAGCUUCAGAUUAAACAUUUUCGCAAUUCCAACCACUAUUGAAUUGGAUAAUUGGUUCUCUGAAAGGUUUAUAUGCUCCAAGCUUGUAGAUUUUGUAGAAUGCAUGGAACCAAAUAACAAAUUUAUCUGUAAAGAAAGCUCUUUUAGAUUGUGUAAGUUCCCUACACUGUCGGGGAUAUCACCCGUUAAGGAGUUGUUGGAAAGAUCAAUUCUUUGUAAUUGGUGGCAGUUUCUGAGCUCAUAAAGAAUGUCACGAGUUCUGAUGGGAUUUUGCCAGAGAGUGAAGUUCCUGAACGACGGAUGCAUGAAAGUCCUAGGAUGGCCAAGUUCUUACAUUGUCCAAGUUGGAAGGAGAGAACACUAGAGGUAAGUGGUUGGUAUUUGGUAUCUAAUUCAAUCGUGAAUCCAUGGCUACAAUGCAAUCUUCGAAAGUAUCAAAUUCGUAAAAAAUGGCUGCUCUUACCCCAUUUGGGGCAUAGGAACAGUGCAAAAAAUGCAACCAACGGUAUACAUUUUUCAACGGUAUUUGGUAUAGCUCCAACCAAGUGGUUGUCCUAUAAAAUUAACAAGCUCAGUUUUUUCAAGAAUCCGAUUUUAGAAGGUAUUGACCCUGUUAAUUGAUUGGAGGGCAAAUCAAGUUGUUCAAGAUCUCGCAUGGGACAACUUCCUCUAGGAAUAUCACCCGAUAGCUUAUUCCCGCUAAGUUUUUGUACUUCAAUGAAAGAAGGCCUCCAAUGUCUCCGUGAAUAGUUCCUGUGAGGUUGGUGCGAGUUAGAACAAGUUCUAAAACUUCUUGAUCGGAGUUACAUCUCACUCCAUACCAACCACACAGGGUGAUGUCCCUUGUGUCCCAAUUACUCAAAGCACCACUUUUUCUGGUUAGGCUCAUUUUCAUACUUAGUAGUAUUCCGCCCAUUUGAUUCAAAGCUGUAGACAAAAGCAUAAAAGGAAAACAAAAGAUAAAGAAGAGAAAUGUAUAAACUGCUAUUGUAACAAAAAAAAAGUUGUGUUUUAUAUAAAUGGGAAUAAACUCUAUACAUAGGGAAGCUGAAGAAAUAAUUCCUAUGAAACAGAUGAAAAUGGAUUGGAUUCCAUAUAUCCCUUUGCACAAUAGGUAUCGUCAUAUAUUUGUUAAAUUCACGGUAAAGGGCUUUUACUGGGUACAUUGCUUUAUUAUUUAUGAUAAUUAUUUAUUCAAUAUCUUGUUUGUUUAUGGGUUCCCAGGUUGAAAGACUCAAAUCCCAAAUUUUUAUAUGGGGUUGUACACAAAGAAUGUAUUUUGCGUUGUGCAUUCAUAUGCUUUAUAACCUACUACCUCCGUCCACUAGAAGGUUCUCGUCCACUAUUCACAUGGUCAAUUUAAAUCAUUUUUAAUCUUUUGCUUUAUAUAUCAAAUUUUUAUCAAAUUUACAUUUUUUAUCAGGCUUUGUAGCUGUUUUAAUGUAGUUUUUGAAUAUGUAAAUUUUAUUUACUAAAAAUAAUCAGUGUGAAUGGGUAUUAAGUUAGUUUAUCGUCGGUCAAGCAUCGUAAACCGUAACGGGAACCUUCUAGUGGGACAGAGGGAGUACUAAUUAUUCCAGAGGUUUACCUUUGAGAUUCUCUUAUUUGUCCCAACAAUUGUUGUGAUUGUGGGCUUCUAUCUUGUGUAUUUUGCGAUUGGGUGAGCAAUUAUAUUAUUGUACAUUUGUUUUUAAGUUAAACACUCUCACCUGAAAUCAUUUUUGUAUCCCCUCACUUCUCUGCCGAGCAUUGGUAGCACUUUUGUCCUUAAGUAGUCAAUUUUUUUAAUGAAUUCAUCUUCAUUGUCUACAUAGAGCUGGCUUAAAACAUUUGAUGUUGGAGCAUAUGAAGAAGUUUGAGUAUUUCUUACCAUCAUACCAUAACCGAGAAUUGCUUCAUCUGAAAAUUAAAAGGCAAUGUUACGUCAGAUGGAGAUAACGACACUCUGGGAAUGUGAACAGUGGCCCUCAUAUUUCUUCCAGUGAUGAUCUUUGCCUCUAGCACAUUUUUUCUGAGCUUGGUGAGAAUGAUCAACCUGGUUCUAUUACAAAAUCCAGUUGGCUGGUCUAUAUUUAUCAAGAGCAUAAUGGGAGCACCAAUCUUUAGAUGCAAAUCAUGAUCAGACAACCCCGAGAUUGAGAGACUAUCAAGAAAUUCUAGUGUAUACAUGUCACUCUCACGACACAAACUGAUAUGUGAACUAAUGAUGCUAUCUG